UGUGUUUUGAUUGGUACAGCAAGCUUGAGACUGACGUAAAAUCGUUCAACAGGAUGACCAAUAUUUGAAACACAGCUGCUGCGAGGUUUUGGAACUUUUAUAAGAAAUUCAUUUUUUUUUCUCUUUCUUUCCAUUGUUUUCUUUUUUUUCCUUUUCUUUUUUUUUCCAUUUAAACAUACAUUCUAUAUUAUUUACUUUUAACCAUGCAAAUUUUCGUCAAGACUCUUACUGGCAAGACUAUUACUUUGGAAGUGGAAUCUUCUGAUUCUAUUGACAAUGUUAAGCAAAAGAUUCAAGAUAAGGAAGGUAUUCCUCCUGACCAACAACGUUUGAUUUUCGCUGGUAAACAAUUGGAAGAUGGUCGUACUCUCUCUGAUUACAACAUUCAAAAGGAAUCUACUCUUCAUUUGGUGCUUCGUCUUCGUGGUGGUAUGCAAAUCUUUGUCAAGACUCUUACUGGCAAGACUAUUACUUUGGAAGUGGAAUCAUCCGACUCUAUUGAUAACGUCAAGCAAAAGAUUCAAGAUAAGGAAGGUAUUCCUCCUGACCAACAACGUUUGAUUUUUGCUGGUAAGCAAUUGGAAGACGGUCGUACUCUCUCUGAUUACAACAUUCAAAAGGAAUCUACUCUUCAUUUGGUGCUUCGUCUCCGUGGUGGUAUGCAAAUCUUUGUUAAGACUCUUACUGGCAAGACUAUUACUUUGGAAGUGGAAUCAUCCGACUCUAUUGAUAACGUCAAGCAAAAGAUUCAAGACAAGGAAGGUAUCCCUCCUGAUCAACAACGUUUGAUUUUCGCUGGUAAGCAAUUGGAAGACGGUCGUACUCUCUCUGAUUACAACAUUCAAAAGGAAUCUACUCUUCAUUUGGUGCUUCGUCUCCGUGGUGGUAUGCAAAUCUUUGUUAAGACUCUUACUGGCAAGACUAUUACUUUGGAAGUGGAAUCAUCCGACUCUAUUGAUAACGUCAAGCAAAAGAUUCAAGAUAAGGAAGGUAUUCCUCCUGACCAACAACGUUUGAUUUUCGCUGGCAAACAAUUGGAAGAUGGUCGUACUCUCUCUGACUACAACAUUCAAAAGGAAUCUACUCUUCAUUUGGUGCUUCGUCUUCGUGGUGGACAAUAGGUUUUUCAUUCAUCUUUUAUCAAAACACAUUCCUUAUCUUACUCAUUUCCUUUCUCAUUUCUCCCUUUCCCCUAUUUUAUAUGAUAUAUGUGUUUAUAAUUGACCCCUUUACCUUCUUUACCACCACCACUUCCUUUUAUCUUUACGCUCUUUUUUUUUAUAGCUCUUGAAUAGUAGGUUUUUUUUUUUAUAUGAAUGUCUUUUACAAAUUUAUGAUUCAAUCAAACCAAUAAAAGCCAAAAAAAAAAAGCUCCCUUUUCAUGCCCUUUACUCUGGAUAGUCUUCGUUUGAUAAAAUAUGUAUUGUUUGAUAGAUUGAUGGAUAUAUCAUGGUGUUAAUUAUAUAGAGCUUUGAAUACAAGGUGCGC